AUACAACACAAUAUUAACUCCAAUACUACACAAAAGUACAAUUGAAAAAGUGAUAAAUUCGUGUUUAAAAAGUAAAUUUCAAUUUCUCUUAUAUAUAGAGUAAAUUUCUGCUGAUAUUAUGGGCAUCUGUGUGCGUCGCUUUCUCUGCCCCAAUAAGCCCGUAUGUAGCACGGGCUGUCGCGCUACUUUUUACUAUCCGGGUGGAGGCAGCUACACGGGUUAUUGGCUAUGCAACAAGCAUCAUGGUUGGGGGACUAAGACUACGGCGGAGCGGAGUGCCGCGUACUAUGCGAACAAGAAGCAACCGCAGGGUCAGCUCAUCUACAAUGGUCACUGGGCGCAGGGUAAGCGGCAGGGUUGUGGCUCGAUGAUACGCAAGAGGGGCACAGAUAUGCAGACAGUGUAUACUGGACAGUGGUACGAUGACAUGAAGUGCGGCGAGGGCAAACAGUUCUAUCCGGACGGAUGCGUCUACUUUGGAUGCUGGCUGCGGAACCGUCGUCAUGGUCUGGGCAUUCAGUGGUAUGGCGAUGGCAGCAUCUAUGUCGGCGAGUGGGAAGCGGAUUUCAAGCAUGGAUUGGGCAUACACUUCUAUGCUAAUGGCAAUCGCUACGAGGGCCAUUUUUCACGUGGUUAUAAGAAUGGCGAGGGUGUCUUCUAUCACAUGCAUACGGGCCAGAUACAGAAGGGCAUGUGGGAGAAUGAUAAUGCGAAGACAUCACUGAUGCAGGAUGAGCGGGAUAUUAGACGCAAUGAUGAACCUACUCCAUAUCCGAUACCACGCAAUUAUCUCACAUAUCCCAAUGAGAUAAUGAGAGAGCUUUUCCAACGCUAUCGACCGCGGGCCGACUUACCCCAUCGUCGCUUCAAUGACAAGGUCAGUCUGGAGUUUGUGCACAGCUCUCGGCAAUUUGCCUCAUUCGAGGAGCGACUGUCGACUCCGACGGCUCUCGAUCUCCAUCCCAACUCGGGCUAUGUGUGUACCUGCAGCUGCAGUGCUGAGAUACCAGCAGUGUUGUAAAAAGUCUGUUUGAGAUACCCUAUUAAAAUAUAUGGGACACAUGUCAACCACAUAAAACAUAUUUGGGGUUAGACCAAUACAAAAAUAUUAAAUAAUAGACAGCGGGAGGAGGAGGAAAGUGUGAAUUGUGUAUGAAGUGCAAACACCUGGUUUGGUCAGCAUUUUGAGACUGGGUUCGCUGCUCUUGGGCCUGCUUUUGUCAGCUUUGGGUAAAUCAUUUCACAUGCAAAUUUGAUGGUCGAGUUGUUGUCUCCUUUGGGGAUCCCAUUUAAAAAAGAAAAAGGUGCUGCUCCUCUUCAACACAAUAUUCAAUUCAAUAAAGGAUAAUUUUAAUAGUGA